AUGUCCAGCGGGCCGCGGCGCAGCUCCAUCUCCCUCUCGGUCUCUGACAUGCUCACUUCCGACGCGCCGCCAGACCGGUACGGAGAGCAGCACGAGGCUGUGGGACACGCUGGGCCAAGCCGCGGUCGCGAUCCACACACAACUUCGGCGCCGGCACAGCACGGCCGUGGCGGCCAUUACCAUCCGCCAGGCAAAAUGCCGUCCCCGGACGGUCUGCCGCCGCCCAUGCUCAUUCUGCCUCAUCCACGACACUCGCGCCCACCGUACCCACCUUAUUAUGACGACCAUCGUGGACCUCCUACCCGCCAGCGGUCUGACCCAAUGCCCGGUCCGUACCAGGACCGCGAGCGUUUGCGUGGAGGGUACUAUGACCCCCGCUACGAGCCGUAUCCCCGCCGAAGUGACCACCACCGACCGCCAUACCCCGCCGACGACUCGUAA